CUAUGGUAAAAUCUCCUCCUCUCCAUAAAAAAAGAUCGGAUGAGAGUCAAAGCCAAAAGCAAGUUCUGGAUUAUUUUAAUUCAAACGUUCGUGUUUGUUUGUUUGUUUGUAAGUGACCAGUUUCGGUGACCGCUUCAAAGCAAAUGACAUCAUUAUCAUGCUAAUGAUCUGCCCAUUGCCUUGUUUACGUCACAGUCAGGGUGUCAGAGCGCGCGGGCAGAUGAGUGCAGACAGAGCGCUUUUAGAGCGCGCGAGUGUGAAGAUUCAUUCACAGCGCGCGACAAAAGGAGAUGCCUUUCUCAAACACUGCAGCGCGAGUCAUCCAGCUUUAACCUAAACAAUUACAUGCACAGACGUCCAGCUUCUGUCCAAUCCAUCUCUUAAUAGACAGCGGGAUGGCUGGGAAGCCAUUCCACGCCACGUACAUCUGGACCAACAUAAUCAACAACCUUCAAACGCAGGUUGAAGUAAAGAGGAGACGCCACAAUCUGAAAAUCUAUCAUGACUGCUUCCUGGGCUCCGAGGCUGUGGAUGUGGUUCUGGCUCACAUCAUUCAGAGCAAGUUCUGUGGAGAUGCAGAGGUGCCUCGUUCCAAAGCAGUACGCCUGUGCCAGGCCCUCAUGGAGGCCAGGAUCUUCGAGGCAGUGGACACCAAGGUGUUUGGGAAAGAAAAGAGGCAAGCGAAGUUUGAGGACAGCAGCUGUAGUCUGUACAGGUUUCUAAACAGGCCGGCCACCAGCACGUCAAGCUCAGAAACCAUUGAGAGUGGAUAUGAUUCUUCCAGCAUACAGAGGAACAGUUACAGUCCAUCCUACCAAAGGACAGAGGAACCCGCGUAUUCAAACAACUCACCUGUCAAAACAGAUACAUCUCUGGAGGAUGUUUUGGGAAAUCUGAACAUGAACACCACUAUCACGCCACAGAUGAUGAAUCUGGGUUUAUCACAGGAGUUGAUGGAUGAGAUGUGGCGACAGCAGACGGUGCUGAGGCUUCUGCAGUUGAUUGAACUGCCUCUUCUGGAGAGUCUUUUGGAGGGCAGAGAGUGUCAUCGCCCGCCCCUCCACAGUAUGGACAGCGACCCAGACCUGCUCUACACCAGCAGCUACCUGGACCGCGAGAUCCUGAAGGCCUUCAGCGAAGCUCAGGCAGAUAACUGGUUGUCGGCAGCUGUGGACUGUCUGGAGUUUCUUCCUGAUCAGCUGGUGGUGGAUGUGAGCCGAGGUUUAGCCAAGUGUGCAGAGGAAACUUCCCAGUACAAGCAGCUGCUCUAUAGAAUCCUCGUUCAACACUACGGCCAGUCUGAAUACCCACCGCUGCUCAGCAACCACGUCUUUGACAUCCACUCAGGCAUCUCUGAGCUGCUUGUGAAUGGGAAGCAGGAGCAAGCACUGGAGUCUCUACAGCUUUGUCUGAAGCUCCAGGAUUCUCGCAGUAGAGAGGAGCUCCGCAGGUUACUGCGCUUCAUGGCCCUCGCCGCCAGCCCCCAGGAGGUUAAAUUAAACAAAGAGAUAGAGAACAGAAUGGCGGUAAAGAGGGCAUUCUCCAACGCGAUUGUGCAUAGGAUGAAACUAGCAAAGGGGAAGGUUGAUCUUCUGGUUCUUUUCAUGAUGGACAACCACCACGACCUCUUUAAGAUUCCUGUUACAUUGCACAAACUUGUAAGAGACAAACUGGCCUGCAUCAUUAAGGGAACAGAUCCAGAUCUCAUCACAGGUACAACAUAUUGUCGCUGGAUUACUGGAAAAGUGUACAUGGAAACAGUUCAGAAAACGACCAGAGAGGAGCUUUGGACUUUGCUUAAAACUAUUCAUGAGAACUCAAAACUUUCUUUGAAAGAGAAGCGACGAUUAUUAGGACAAUUCUACAGAGGCCAUCCUGAAAUAUUCGUGCAAUAUUUUGGCAACAGAAUAUCCAGUGCUUGCAUUUGAAAGGAUUUUUAGUUAAAGAAUAUCUUGUAUAUUGUAAAUAUGUAUAUGUUGUAGAAAAACCCAGAAGACUAGUUCAGUUUUAUUUACAUAUGCGCAUGUGAACUCAUGUGCUGAAAUAAACGUCAAAGCCUGAUGAGUUUGAAUAAACAGAUUCUCGUGUGUCUGUACUGAUGAUAUGUGAAAAUAUGUUUGAAUGUAGAUUUGUUGAAAACCCAACACUUUUCUCUUAGUUCCUGUCUACCAACACUAAACAUGAAACUGGCUGCUCUCAGAACAUCACAAAAUAAAGUUGCUUACAC